AUGACUACCUCUACUCUUCCCGCAAUGAGAACGAACCCAAAAUUCAUCUUCUUCUCCGACUUCGACGGCACCAUCACCCUCCGUGAUUCAAAUGAUUUCCUUACCGACAACCUUGGCUACGGUCAAACUCUUCGAAAGAAGGGCAACGCCGAUGUUCUUUACAAUCGAAUGUCUUUCAGAGAUUCCUUCCAGGAAAUGAUGGACAGUGUUAAAACUCCUUACGAUCAGUGUAUCAAGACGUUACUGGAGAACAUUCAGCUUGAUCCCGCUUUCAAGGAGUUUUAUACGUGGUGUAGGGCGAACAAUGUCCCAGUAGUCGUUCUCAGUAGUGGAAUGGUGCCAAUUAUUCGUGCUUUACUGCUGAAACUCGUUGGCCCGGAAGCAGAGGAUAUUCAGAUUGUUAGUAAUAAUGUUGCUUCACGGGACGGAAAGAACAUCAACGAGGAGGGCGGAUGGCAAAUAGUGUUCCACGAUGAUAGUCACUUCGGACACGACAAGUCCCUCGAAAUCAGACCUUAUAAAGAGCUGCCAGAAGGCGAGAAACCAGUGAUGUUCUAUGCUGGAGACGGAGUGUCAGAUCUCUCUGCAGCAAAGGAAACAGACCUGUUAUUUGCAAAGAAGAAUAUGGAUCUCGUUACAUACUGCGUAAAAGGAAACGUCCCUUUCACUGAGUUCUCAGACUUCUCCACAAUUCUACAGACUGUCAAAGCAAUCCAUGAUGGCAAGACAGAUGUAAAGACCGUCGCUGCCGAAGGACACGCGGAUUUCAAGAAAAGAAACCCGGUCAUGGAGAUGGCAUAG